UUUAUCUUUACCUUCAGCUGACCGGCAGAGGAGGUUCUGUGUGCCCGUGUCCGCCCGCCCUCUCACCAGCAUCUGCUCUGCUCUCCGUCUCUCCGCCCGCCAUGGCACUGCUGCACUCCUGCCGUCUGCUCUCCGGAGCCACCUCCUUCCACCCGGGCCUCGGCGCCGCCGCCGCCGCCAGAGCCAGCUCCUGGUGGACCCAUGUAGAGAUGGGUCCCCCUGAUCCCAUCUUGGGAGUUACAGAAGCAUUUAAGAGGGACACCAAUAGUAAGAAGAUGAACCUGGGUGUUGGUGCUUACAGAGAUGAUAAUGGGAAGCCUUAUGUUCUUCCAAGUGUCCGUAAGGCAGAGGCUCAAAUUGCAGGGAAGAACAUGGACAAAGAGUACCUGCCCAUCGGAGGACUAGCAGAAUUUUGCAAGGCAUCAGCAGAGUUGGCCCUGGGAGAAGAUAACGAGGUUCUGAAAAACAAACGAUAUGUCACCGUACAGACCAUUUCUGGAACCGGAGCAUUGAGGGUGGGAGCCAGUUUUCUGCAAAGGUUCUUCAAAUUCAGCCGGGAUGUCUAUCUUCCAAAACCCUCCUGGGGCAACCACACCCCCAUCUUCCGGGAUGCUGGCAUGCAGCUGAAUGGCUAUCGCUACUAUGAUCCCAAGACUUGUGGCUUUGACUUCACUGGAGCCAUGGAAGACAUUUCAAAAAUCCCAGAACAGAGUGUCAUCCUUCUGCACGCCUGUGCUCACAACCCCACUGGAGUGGAUCCUCGUCCUGAGCAGUGGAAAGAAAUAGCAUCCGUGGUAAAGCAAAAGAAGCUCUUUGCCUUUUUUGACAUGGCAUACCAAGGCUUUGCCAGUGGAGAUGGCAACAAGGAUGCCUGGGCUGUUCGCCACUUCAUUGAUCAGGGCAUUAAUGUGUCUCUCUGUCAGUCAUAUGCCAAGAACAUGGGCCUGUAUGGUGAACGUGUGGGAGCCUUUACCGUGGUUUGUAAAGAUGCUGACGAAGCUAAAAGGGUAGAAUCCCAGCUGAAAAUCCUGAUUCGUCCCAUGUAUUCCAAUCCCCCUCUCAAUGGGGCCCGAAUUGCCUCCACGAUCCUAAAUAGUCCUGAUCUGAGGAGCCAGUGGCUGCAGGAAGUGAAAGGCAUGGCAGAUCGCAUCAUUAGCAUGCGCACCCAGCUGGUGUCCAACCUCAAGAAAGAGGGCUCCACCCACAAUUGGCAGCACAUCACUGACCAGAUUGGCAUGUUUUGUUUCACAGGCCUGAAACCCGAGCAGGUGGAACGGCUGACUAAGGAGUUCUCCGUCUAUAUGACAAAAGAUGGCCGCAUUUCUGUAGCAGGGGUCACAUCGGGCAAUGUCGGGUACCUUGCCCAUGCCAUUCACCAAGUAACCAAAUAACUUCCUGGCAAGAUAGAGCAGAGAUGAACCUCCCACCUUCAGACUCUGCUGUUUGAGAUUCAGAGAAAUGAUUGGGCUGGCGAAGCGAGGAGUGGUAUGAGAGUUUCUUUCAACCACAGUGCUUAAUGCUCAACCAUUGAAAGUGUCUCAGAAAAGGAUCUGUGAGUAGGCUAAGAUGCCUGAAACUAGUGUUUGGAGCUUUGAGGGUCUAAUCCAAAUUCCCCAACCCAUCUUACCCAACUUUUUCAAAACUUUUUAUGUUUACAGGAACUCUACCAAAAAUUCUGCCCUAAAACCAAAAUUCCUCCACUUCUCCCCUUCCCCUGAUCUUAGCUCAUCCGACAUGACAGUGUUGUUUAAGAGCUUUAAUCUAGGUCAUAAAUAUCUCUUAGCCCACGUAACAGAAAUCUCUGUGGUGCUAAAGCUUCCAAAGAAGGUUUGCCCAAUUCUAACUCCCACCUCCUCUUGGCCUCCAUGACUGGUAGAAGGUGCUGUUGUGUAGCCUCUCAGCUUCAAGAAAUAGCAGACAAGUGAGGCAGCUCUCACCAUUGGAUGUCUAAGUCUUUUAACUUUCCUCUCUCCCCCAUUUUUAUUGCUGGUCUUUGACCCAAAGAUCCAAAUCUGUCCUAGUUUGUCUCCCUCGCUCAGAUCCUUCCAAUCAGGAUGCAUAUUCUUAAAGAAUUAAGUCAAAGGUAAUUUAGGAAAUGAUGUUCUCUCCUCCCCUUUCUCAGCAAAAGGUGAAGGAGUUGAAUUUGGUAAAAGACAGCACUUUAAUAUCAGCAUCAUUGUAAAGUUUUUAAUUGUCCCCCUUUCUGCUCCACCAGAUCUCAUAGUGUGAUUGUGCAAUAAAUAGCCUGUCUCAUGACAAGUCUGUAUGGGGCAGUCAGUCCUGGGAGAAGAGUAUUCUGAGCUGUGGUUGUAAGCUUCUCUGUCUUGCUAGCCGAGUUCAAAUGUCAACCUUGAAAAGAUCACCCUCCAGUGUAAUCAUAUAGGACUUCAUGCAGCCUGGUUUCUCUGUUACAAUAAAAUUAUUGUAGAUGGA